GAAUCAAAGGAAACCCGUCUCUGAAAAGACUUCUUCUUUUGAGUUGUGUUUUUUAUUGGCAACUUAAUAGUCUCAGUAGAAUAGUUAAGAUUGAUGUUCAAUCUCAAGUAUUUCUGACAUAUUCUUUUAUUCACAGAAACAUACCCUGGGAGGAAAAUAUAAGAAGCAUCUGGUCCUCCCAAACACUGGACAACAAAAGAGUUAACACACAAUGGGGCAAGAAAAACCUCAAAAUAAACAAGGAGGCCCCCAUUUCCAGCUGAUCCCUUGGGCCAUUUCUAUUGUUUUCAUCUCACUUCUUGGUGCCUGCUUUAUUGCAAGUUGUUUGGUGACUCAUUACAACUUUCUACACUGUAAGAGAAGCACGGGAGGGUUCCAGUUAUCAGAGCAUCACAAAGAGCUGACAUGCAUCAGAGGAAAAUCAGAACGGAAAGGGAGCACCUGGAAUUGCUGUCCUGUUGGCCUGAGAGCCUUCCAGUCUAAUUGCUAUUUUCCUGUUAAUGACAGCAAGACAUGGACUGAGAGUGAAAGGAACUGUACAGGGAUGGGGGCUCAUCUGGCCACCAUCAGCACAGAAGCUGAGCAGAACUUUAUUAUUCAAUUUUUGGAUAGACGAUUUUCAUAUUUCCUGGGACUUACACAUGAGAACCCUGAGGGCCAGUGGCAAUGGGUGGACAAGACGCCAUUUAACCCACACAUGGUAUUCUGGCAUAAGGGCAAACCCAACAACCAUCAGAAAGAAAAUUGUGUUGUCCUUGUUAAUGACCAAAACAAGUGGGCCUGGAAUGAUUUUUCUUGUAACGUUGGGGCAGGUAGGAUUUGUAAGAUACCUGGAACUAUAUUCAAUAGAAACCUAUGAAAGGGUCCUUGUGACGAGGACAGAAACAUUAGAUUAGGACAGAAUAUACAUGCAUCACUGGAAUAGAGAAAACAUGCUGGGUCAUAGAACAUUUUCAGUCAUGAUGACCUUAUUUAUUUUGUUCAAUUCAUUCAAGAUAAUGUGUUUUUGUGUGGUGUUUCAGUGGAAGGAAUAAUCUUUUCUGUGAAAGACAUUUUUCAUUAAUUUUGCUUUCUUGAUAAUAUUUUAAAAUAUAUACUUUUCAAUUGGUGUGCAUUUAUUACACAUCUAACAGAAUGGCUUAAAUGGUGUAAUGUCUUAGUCAUUUCUUCCUCUGCUCAAAAUCUUAGCUCUUAAAAUUCAAAGGUGGACUAUUCCAACUGGUAGUGGUACACUAUUUUUUUAACCCAAAUAUCACAAGCCCUUUAAAGUUUUCAAACAAUAUUUUUAUUGUUUGAUGCUUCAUUUUCAGACUUUUUAAUAAUGUGAGUCAUUAGAUUGACAUUUAAUGAGCAAAAUAUUUUCUGAACAACAGUGUAGAAUAGUUCUGAAUUAUAGUAUUGCACAGGUAGAAAAAAAGUCUAUCUACCUUUUAAAAUUUUACUUCUUACUCUAUCCUAAAUGUCUUUCCAAAGCAGAGAGCCUCAAGCUGACUUAUUUUCUUAUUAAUUUGUUUUAGUGGAAAAGUCCCUUACAGGCCACUUUAACCAAACCUUCAAUUCUAUAGCUGGGGAAACCUUGGAAGCCAAAGAGCUCACCUUUACGUUGCUAGUUCAGGAUAGAACUAGGACUAUGGCUCAGAUCUACCUUUCAUAAGAGGUAAAAUGUAUUCCCUGUGUUAUUACAGGAAAGUUAUGGGAGUGACUCAGACUCUUAGCUAACAGAUAGUUCCUAAUUAUUCAAAGUCAUAUUGUCCUGGUGUUUCUAUAUUUUUAAUUUGGAUCAGAAAGAAUCAUAUUUUUAACUCAUUUAUGUAAAUUGUUAACAUGUUUCUUUGGCGUUAUAAAGCUAUAGUUCAAAGUAGCAAUGAUGUCAUUGUUUUAACAACUGAAAAUUUAAUAUAUGAAAAUUAUGCUUUUGUGAUAUAUGUAAUAUUUAUUAAUUGUAAAGCAGUCACAUUCAACAUCAACAAGAUAUGGUGGUUUAUCUUAAAAUUCCCAAUUUGCCAAUAUUUCCUGGAUCUACAUUAAACAAUUUCAAGCAACAGCUUUUUAACCUAACUUCCUUAUCACUAUUUUUUUCCUUAUCACUAUUUUUAAAAACAGUAUUUAUUUUGCAAAUUAGUUAGUUAUUUUCUGAUUUUGGAAUAUUAGUGUUUGAUUGGUGCCACGCGUGUGUAUGUCUGUGUUUAAAGAUGAUAGUUUUAACUGAAGUAAUGCUAAGUGACUUUAAUUGUGUUUGACAUAUUCACUAAAUUACAAAAUCUACAAGACCUGUUGACAUAACUUAUGUAAAUACUAGUAGGCUUUGUAUAGUUAACAUUAUUCAUAUUUAUUAAAACUGUAUAUUGGUAGAGAUUCAGUUGUCAAUAAAAUGUGAACGCUUUAUGAUUUUAUACAUCUACGUCUAUAUAUAUUUCUCCCAAUGCUAACCAUUUCUCGUUACCUCCAUGGCUUCUACCACAGACCAAGUCAUCAUCUCUCUUACUUGGAUUAUUGCAAUGGCUUUCUGAUUGGUUUUCCUAUUUCCCCCCUGUCCCUUUCAGUCUAUUCUCAAUUUUCAUGGCAUCUUUCCUAUUCUUCACAAUUUCUUUAAGAAAGCUGAUAAUAAUUUCAAAAAAAUAAAGGCUAAUUAGUUUAGUACACUGUGGUAGUCCUAGAAGUUUGAAGCACUGAUGGUGAUGGAAGAACUGACUCUGGGUGGUAAACACACAAUGUGAUAUAUAGAUAUACUAUAGAAAUGUGCACUUGAAACCUAUAUAAUUUUACUAA